CUUAUACUAUAAGCCAAACAAACAUGGUAAAGUUGUGCAAAUUAUAUUCAUUUCCAAAGAAAAUCUUUUUAUGAAUUGGCAACUUGCCACAUGAAGAAUUAGGAAGCAAGACGAUGCUGGAUUUGUUCCCACGAUCUAUAUAUCUAUAUAUAUCUAUAAUUGAGGGCCUAAAAAAGGUGACUUGGCACCUUGCCAGGAAAAAGAUUUAUCUAUUAUCUCUUUUUUUAAAGAUUUAUCCUCUCAUUUUAAUACAACACUUAAUUCAAAAAGGCACCUUUUCUGAAUACUCAAUUACAUGUACUUCCGUUAAGAACAAUGAAAGAGGAAUAAAAGCGUCGUUUCAAAAUGCAAGCCACAACUCCGUCUUUGCGCCGUUUCAAAACACAGGCCAUAACUCCGUCUUUUUUAUUUCCCCAAUUUUAAAGGUAAAGUUGGUAUAAAGAGAGUGUGUGCAAAGGCUCAUCUCUCAGCCACCAUUAGGAUUUCAUUUCUCCAUGCAUUCAGAUGGAUCUUCCGCAGCUUUGUCACCCAGGAGGAGGAUGCUGCGUUUGCAAUCUAAAUCCAACCCCCGAUUAUUCUUAUUACCUCUCUGAUGAUGAUGAUUUGCCUGAAGAUCAUCGCCUUGCUCUUGAACAAAUUUGGUUCAACUACCACCAUCAAACUGAAGAAUCCAAUGGUUUUGAAUUUGUUGACUGUCCCGGUCCGACUGUUCCAAUAACACCAUAUCUGGAUUUCAAGUUCCACAACGACUAUGGGGUACUGAUUGAACUGGCUAACUGUGCUAUCCAAGAGUAUAAUGAGAAAGAGUGCAAUGUAUGUAUGCCCCUAUACAUCCUUGCUUUGUGUGAUUUUAAGUCUCCCUCGCCCUGACUCUUCGAGUGAUAUAUGUUGACUCUCCCUGCAUGUUUUCAAGAACAAGUUUUUGAAAAUUGAGAAAGUGAAUUUUAUGUCGUCUUGAA